CAUGGACACGAAAACAACAUUGUCAACGAUGCCAAAUCUAUUAAGAUUUUGAAGGAAUAAAAGUAUUUUAUUAAAGAAAAUUUAAGAAAAUACGACAUUACCUUACCUUAUUCUGCUUCAGUGUGGUUUAUUUAACUCCAAUGUUAUUUUAAAUCCGAGAAAAUGGUAAAGAAAUAAAAGGCUAGUGGGUUAUUAGGUGAAGGUAAUUCAUGAAAAAAAUACUUAAGUUUUUAUAUGAUCUUUAGUUCACAAAUCACAGCUAUAUUUUCAUCAUUAACAAAAUUUAAUUAUGGGAAUCUUAAUACAGAAUUGUUUGGAUAAUGAAGAUAUAAAUCAUUCAUUAGUAAUGAUACAAGGUAAAAUUGAGUGUGUUUUUCACAUCAAUGACAAAAUUACAGUCUUGAAUGAAGAUAAUGGUAUCCAGCAUUCGUGGCCUGUUAGAGAAAAUGUAUUUAAAAUAUAUGUUCAGUUACAUCUUGGAAAUAAUAAAUUAUUGCUAAAAUGUAGAAGUUAUUUGUUAAACUUUACAAUAAAUUAUGUGCCAUUGAAAAAUAGAAGAAAGAUUCGCUUGGUAUAUUUAAAAUGUAAAGAUGGCGAUGGAAGAUUUCAAGCGCCUCCAAAGGAGGAUAAUUCUGUAGAGAGUGCAUGUAGUCGGAUUUCUUUGGCUGCGCAAAUGUUACAGAUGUUUAUGGCAGAAAAAUUAAAGGAACAUAAUUUUCCAAAGAAAACUUUUUGUCUCGAAGAAGACGAUAAAAACUGUAAACCUAUUUGCCAUUUAUUUACGAGCGAAUUAACUACUCGAGAAGCUCAGAGUUUAUCUCAAGAAGAACUGUGGAAUUAUUUUGCAAAAGAAUUAAUGAUGUCUCCAUUAGCUGAUAAGAAUAUUUAUAAAUUUUUAGCUUUUGCUUCGUUCACAUUAUACGAUAAUUCGACUGGCAUAAUUCCGCAGAAUCAUAAGGAUGUUUUGAAACUGACACGAGGAUAUGUAGCUCUAGGAGGAGGAGGACUUGCUUUGUUUGGUACAGGUUGCUUGCAUACGUGGGCUGCCAGCUUGCAGGAAAUAGUGCAAAGAUUUACUGAUCAGCGUGUGGUUGAUAGAAAGAAAUAUUUGGAUGAUAGUGGAAAUAGAAAAAGAUAUUGGGCAUGUUAUUCUACAGGAAUUGGUGCUACAUUACAUGAAUUGGGACAUACAUUUGAUUUAGGCCAUUCACCUGAUGGAAUUAUGGGCCACGGGUUCAACAAUAUAAAUAAAUUUUUUGCAAUGAGUUCUUGGCCGAAGGGAUUUUUUGCAGAACAAGUCACUGUUCAACUAACAACUAUUCAAGAUGUGUCAUGGGCUUACAAUAAUAGUAAUCAUAAAUUAAAUAAAAAUGAAAAUAAUAUUUCAUCAUGCAGCUCUAAAAUAAUAUCUUGUUAUGGGAUACGUAUUAUUGAAUUCCGAACUAUGGAUGGACUAGCCCGUGAUCAUUGGGAAUUUUUAGAAAAAGAAGGACCUAAAGAAAUCCAAUUGGAGCAUUCUGAUUUAAUUAAUAUAUUCUCCAAUGAAUGUACAGAAUGUAGUAUUCUAGUUGAAGAUAAUUAUGACCCAUGUGAAUGUUGCAGGAUGGGGAGAACAGGUUACACGUGUGUUCGCCACACACUGUGCUGUGUAAAUCUUCUCUUCUGGAUGAUUGGAUGUGGAAUGCUAGGCAUUGGAGUUUGGAUGCAUCUUGCUUAUGGAGGAUAUUCGACACUACUUCCAACAUAUCGGACUUUGAGUGCUGAUAGUUUAUGUAUAGCAGCAGGAAUUGUAACGUUUAUGAUUGGAUUUUUUGGCUGUUGUGGAUCUUGGUUCCAGAGUAAAUGUUUAUUGAGAACUGUAAGUAAUUUUAAGACUCAUAUAGUGUAUUAUCUGAAUCUUAAUAAAUAUUUACAUUGUUAAAUAUGUUAUUUACAGUAUUUCACAUUGGUUAUCAUCAUUUUUGUGCUAGAAUUUACUGCUGGAACGCUAGGUUUUGUAUAUAGGAGACAAGUAGGUGAAACUUUAAGAGAGGAAUUAAAAGUAACAAUUGAAGAAAGAUAUACAAUUAAUAAUGGCAAUGGACUGACUGAAGUAUGGGACCAUUUACAAAUAAAUUUUGAAUGUUGUGGUGUAAUUAGUUAUCGAGACUGGUACAAUGUUGCUGCCUGGCCAGGUAAGGAAUGGGUUCCUCACUCUUGCUGCAUUGACAGAUUUCGCAACAUUACCUCCUGUGGAAGAAAGGGAGAAGUGUAUAAGUGGCAUAAAAGUGGAUGUUAUCAACAAAUGCAUAUUUGGCUAAUGGAAAGACUGUACAUUGUCGGUAUCGUUAGUGUAAUUUUUGCCUUUGUCCAAUUAUUUGGUUUGAUUUCUGCCAUGUUGAUCAUUUGCAUUCUUAGCGAGAGGCAGAAGUUCAGAUGACAUUACGAGAACGCCCACAGUGAAGGGUUAGUCUAUUUCGUUUAACAAAACAAAUGAAAAAAUUACUCGUCUGCACGUUACACGUAAAUACACACAUAUCUUUGUGCUUACACGAUAAAAUAACAUUUAUGCUAGUGCAGCUUGUAAAUUUCGGUAUCUGUAAAAUAUCACUGCCAUCUUGAUUUAUGGCUUCUCGUGAUUUUGAAUUUAAGAUUGUGAUACAGUUAAAGUAUUUGCACUCAAAAGACAUUUGCCAAAUGUUUAAAAAAUUAACAAUGAAUAAUGAGAAGAAAUCGAUUCUUAUAAAGCUUUCAAGUAAAGAAAAAAUAUUUUGAAAUUACACAAUGGUGUUUGGCACAUGACUUUUGUGGUUUCUUGAUAGAGAUAGGUUAUAUAUUUGGCUAUUCUCAUCAAGUAGAAUUAAUGAAAAGAUUAUUGUUUGAACCCAUUGGGAGAAAUAUAAAAUUAUGCAAAUAAUAGUAACAGUAUUUAUAAUUGAUUAUAGUUUAUAUACGUUUAAAAUUAUGAUUUACUAACUAUAGAAAACAUUUAUUACAUAUCAAAAACUGAAGUAUUGAUAAAUUACAUUUUUUUAUCAUUAUAAUUGCUAAAAACAAGCAAUAUUUGCAGCUUUAUAGUAGUUAUCAAGAUAACUAUUGGUAAUGGAUAACUCAGGAAAAUAAGCUAUAAAUUUUUUUCAUAGGAGAUUGUUCUUUAAAUAAUCUUUAUAAAACAUUAUCCAAAACGAAAACUUUUGUGUGUGAAUAUGUAGGAAAUUUAUUGUGAGAAACAAUUCAUUCUACAGCAAUACUUUUUAGUUACAAGACAAGAAAGUAGUUUGUCAAAGAUAAAAAUACAGUCUUAUCUUCCAACCUGAGCUAUAUAUAUAUGAUACUUGAAAGGAUGGAGAGAUGGAAUUGCUAUGAUGAUAUUUUAGCACCUGUUAAAACAAUUAACUGAUCUGAAGCUUUCAGAAAUGUGUUGCUUUUCAUUUAAUUUUUAGGUACUGUAAUGAAAAGUUUGAUAUGCUCAUAAAGCCAUUAGUACCUUUAAUGAAAAGCAAAAGAAAAUAUAAGAAAAAAAACACUGCCAUAAUAAUUUAAGGGAAAAAAAUGCUCAUCAAUUGCUACUUUAACAUAAAUCCUUUUAUUUAAAGAAAAAUAUCAAUGUAGAGAUUCUGCAUUAGGUUUUAUAAUUAUUAUACAAAUUUCUUUUCUACAAAUAUUAAAAAUACUAAACAGAAGAAUUUUAUAAAUAAUUUACAAUCUGACUCAUCUAUAGAACCGUCCUGCAGAUACGAUAGGAUGUUGAUUAUUCAAAUACUGGUUAUCAGAAUGACUGCUUCAUUACAUUUGCCAACUCUUGACUGAGGAGCUUGUCGGGCAAGUCUCGAUUAUAAUUAUACAGUUUUGCCGAGCCAAGAAUAUUUAGAUACCUUUCCACUUUAAUCUUAUGCUCAAUAUACAAAAUGGGUUCUAAUGUUCAAUUUAUCAUAAAAAUUGUGCUUGAUUAUAUAGAAAAUUAGUUAUCCAAACCACUAAUACAGUUUGGUCAUCUGAUCAGUUUGGAUAAUCAGUAUCCUAUUGUGUAAUAAUCUCUAAUUCAGAAACUGGCAUUAAUUAAUCUACUUUAUAAAACUAUACAUGCAAUAUGUCAUUUAUGCAGAUUUCUAUACAUAUAUAUAUAUAUACAUACUGUAUAUUAAUUAUAUUUAAUAAUAAUAAUAAUAAUAAUAUAGCACUAUAUUUCCAGUUACCAACAAUAACCAAAUAUGAUAUAGCAUUGUUUUUAUAGUUGAAAUUCACUGCCAAUAACAUCGUUUAUGCAUGAAAAGAUUUUUAUUAAAAUUUUCAAUAAUAUAUGUAUAUACACACAUAUAUGUACAAGAUUUAGGAACUUUUUAAAGCCAAAUUUUAUCAUAUUUUGCAAACAUUUUGCAGACUUCGCUGUGUAAUAAAUUUUGUCGAAUUUUAGUAUGAAAUUAAUUGUUUAAUGAACAGUAUUAAAGAUUUUUGAUUAAUUGUAAGAUAAGGAUUCUAAACAAUACAACGAAAAAUACAUAAUGCCUUUUGCUAAUGCUUUUUACGGUAAAAAUAUUAGUUUUUGUCAAACUUAUCUAUUCAUAUUUUGCAAUAUGCCAUUAAACUAAACUACUUUCAUCUAUUUUCUAAUAGUUAAAGGGUUUAUAAUUGCAAAGCUUAAAUUAUGCAUAGGCAUGUGAUGGUUUAAUUAUAAAAAUUAAUUUGGAAAGAAUUUGUCAGAAAUUUGAUUUUCAUUGGUAUGAAUUUAUGAAAAAUUCAUGAUUUGGAAUCAUUUAACUUUGUAUAAUGAAAUGCUUUGAAUUUGAAAUCAUAUGCAUUUCGUAAGCAAUUUUAAAUUAUUGUAAGUGCCAAUAUUACACCUUUACUUCCUAUCAAACAUACUUCCUUUAAAAAUACCCUUUAAAAAAAUUCAAGUUCCUAUUAAAAUAGUGUCAUAAAACAGUUGCAUAUGAUUUAGAUGAGAUAACUGAUAUUGAUACAUUUAAUCAAACAAUGCAUUUUUUAUAUCUAUUAUUUUGGGAUUUAAUUCUGGAGAUUGCACAAAUGCAUUUGGUAAGGGAAGAUCGUGUGAUGGCAAAGAUUCAUUUGUGUCAAUAUAGAUUAAAGAGAACAAAGGUUACUCUAUAAUUUAAAUUUUGAAAGAAACUAAAUAAUUUAAACUCGUUUAUGCAAAAAUGUUAAUUUUAUUCUUGAACAAAACAAAUUUUCUUAUGCAAUGCAACAAAAAAAAUGCUACUCCUAAAGCAAAACUUUGCUUUGUUGCCAUUUAUCUUUAUCAUUUCAGAUUAAAAUCUUUGCCACAUUUGCACAUCAUUAUCAUUCAAUUUUAAAAUCAAUUAAUUUGCUAAAUUAAAUUUAAAAGUAAUAAAAUUAUACUUCUAUAUUUAUUUUUUUAACUCCAUCAUCAUAAUUUAUAUAUAUUUAUA